AUGUCACGCCUCCUCCAUAGACGGGACUUCACAAUCAAAAGUCCCGCCAUGCAAGAUGUCAAAGACGCAAGUCGUCAAAUCAACUGUUUUCUGCGAAGCCGGGAACGGAAGGAAAUCCACAGAGAAAAGCAGAACAACCCUCAGCAAGCCGUCAUUGACGGAGCUCCGUGCUAUGCACGUGACUCGAGCCAUGGGAGUUUGUCCGGGAGCCAAACUUCGGCUAGAGCCAAAAUAAGCAAUUCUGCCUCGUUCUCCGCGCUAGGCCAUGUUGCCAGUGCGCCAGGAACAGCAUCUGGAGCACGAGACCAGGUUUUCCCUCUCCCCUCUCCCCCUUUUCGCCUGUUCGCCUGGUCCGGUGCUCUUGGGAAUUGGAUGAAAACACACAUUUGCGCCUGCUGCUGUACCUGCCCCUCGCUCUACCUCCCCCACCUUCAACAGAGACCUGUGACCGCGAUGACUUCCGGCCAUUCGACCCAAAACGGAGGCCAUGUAUCCGUGAGGUACAUUCCUUUGUCGUAUAACCAUGCCGAUUCUCAGGCUUCUGCAUUGAGACUUGUUCUUGCACUGCGCCCGGAGUGGGAGCAUGCUGAAGGCAAGAUUGAAUUCGUGAGAUUCACUGAUGGUAUCACAAACACGCUGUUGAAAAUCAUUCGGAGAGCCCCGGGUAUGACCGACGAGGAAAUCGACAGCGAAGCGGUGUUGAUGAGAGCUUAUGAGGAAGUUCGAUCCCACGCGUUGCUUUCGUCCAAGGGUCUCGCACCGCCCCUCCUGGCUCGAUUUAAGAACGGCCUCCUGUAUCGCUUUAUUCGUGGACAGGUAGCCUCUCCGCAUGACCUUACCCAACCACCUAUCUGGCGCGGGGUUGCGCGGCGACUUGCCCAAUGGCAUGCCGUCCUCCCGAUCAGUGACAGUACCACUAACCCCGGAAUUCCAGAAUCCGUGAUCGAGGGUGCAAAUGCCCAUAUUAACGGAGAUGCCAAAUCUCCCGAGAAAAGCAACGAUGAUAUUACACCCGUUAGAACGCAAGGGAAAGGAACACCCACUCUUUGGACCGUACUGCAAAAAUGGAUCCUUGCCCUCCCUGUCAAUACGGACAAGGAACGUGAAAGGCGUAAACGACUACAGAAGGAAUUCGAAAGAAUUGUUGCAGAAUUGGACGAUAAAUCAGGAAUUGGCGAAGAUGGGCUGGUCUUCGCACAUUGUGACCUUUUAUGUGCCAAUGUCAUCCGGCAGCCAAAAUCAGCAAGCGCCGUUUUGCCCGAGGAUGAUUCGGUUGAAACCGUCAGUUUUAUAGAUUACGAGUACGCUACACCAUCACCGGCGGCGUUCGACAUCGCAAACCACUUUGCGGAGUGGGGUGGUUAUGACUGUGACUACAACAUGAUGCCCACACGCUCCGUUCGCCGCGGGUUUCUCACUGAAUACGUGCGAAGCUACAGUAAAUAUGCAGACCUCGGGAAAAGCGAACAAGAUGCUGUAGAGACUCUGUUCCAAGACGUUGACCGGUUUAGGGGAAUUCCCGGCUUCUACUGGCCACGAUUUCCCAAAUCGAUUUCGAUUAUGCAAAUUACGCUGAAGAGCGCCUCGGAGAGUAUUGGGCCUGGCGACGCGAACAGGAUUGCUCUCGCGCCCAAGCCGGUGAAGAGAUGCCACUUCGAGAACGCCGCUGGGCGCAAGAAGUCUAGCCAACUUCUUUUUGGACACAUCCCUCCGAUGGAGAAGAAUCUUUUUGGAACUACUUUCCUUGCUAACCGGCCAUUGGCCCCGUUUUACAUUUUUCCCCUGUUCUUGGUUGAUAUUUCCGACUGCCCGGGUGAUUAUACCGCGGGAAAGCUGGAGUUACACGGUGUUGAAGAAAUUUAG